AUGUCUUCUCGUCUUGGACUUCGCUUCUUCCAGAACGCCCGCUCGGGCUUCCGCAACUCCGGUCCCUUCCGUCGGCCUGGUGCCCAGGGAUUCCGGUUCCAGAGCUCCGAUGCUGCGGCCGCGGACAAGCAGAGCACUUUCCAGCGUAUGUGGAACAGCCCGAUCGGUGUCAAGACGGUGCAUUUCUGGGCCCCUGUCAUGAAGUGGGCUCUGGUCAUCGCCGGUAUCUCCGACUUCAGCCGUCCCGCCGAAAAGCUCUCCCUCACUCAGAACGGUGCCCUGAUGGCCACCGGAGCCAUCUGGACCCGUUGGUGCAUGAUCAUCACCCCCAAGAACUACCUGCUCGCUGCCGUCAACUUCUUCCUGGGCUGCGUCGGUGUCGUCCAGGUCACUCGUAUCGUCAACUACCGCCGUAGCCUGGACGGCUCGACGACAGAGGCCGUGAAGGAACUGGAGCACGAGGUCGCCGAUUCCGCCAAGGCCGUGGCCGGUAAGGCUGAGCAGGCCGUCGAGAAGUCGACCUGA